AUGGCUGGGUUCAAGUCGAUAAGAGCCAUGGUUCAAGUAGAAAUCAGUCCGCGAUGCCUUUCAAAUCCACAUAAGGCAGUAUAUGCAAAGAUCGCAUCACAUAUACUGUUUUAUUCAUCAAGAGUUCAUGCCACACCGCUGUCAUUUUCAAUAAUAGGUAUAAACAACACAGGAUGCAUAUCUUCAGACUCGGGCGAUGUUUUAAUCUCUGUGCUUGUAGAGUACAUUGUAUUUGUUCUGUUAGAAGGAGACCGAAUAAUGUCUAUAGACGGACGUGCCUUUGGCAUUUUCCAAAUCGAAGUCGAUGGAGAUACAGAAUAUACAGGGAUGCUUACAAUAAGACAGAUACAAUCAAAUCCAAAAUCACCACUCAUGACCAUAUCAGGCACUAGGUCUGAUUGA